ACGGAGGAGACAAGAUGGCGCUGCGAGCGAUGCGGGGCAUCGUGAACGGGGCCGCGCCUGAGCUUCCCGUAUCCACCAGUGGGCCCGUGGUGGGGUCUCGAGAACAGGUGCUGGCAAUUAGCCGGAACUACCUCUCCCAGCCUCGUCUCACAUACAAGACAGUAUCAGGAGUUAAUGGUCCACUAGUGAUCUUAGAUCAUGUUAAGUUUCCCAGAUAUGCUGAGAUUGUGCACUUAACACUACCUGAUGGCACAAAGAGGAGUGGGCAAGUUUUAGAAGUUAGUGGUUCCAAAGCAGUGGUUCAGGUGUUUGAAGGGACUUCAGGUAUAGAUGCCAAGAAGACAUCCUGUGAGUUUACUGGGGAUAUUCUCCGAACGCCGGUGUCUGAGGAUAUGCUUGGUCGGGUGUUCAAUGGAUCAGGAAAACCCAUCGACAGAGGUCCUGUUGUACUGGCUGAAGACUUCCUUGAUAUCAUGGGCCAGCCAAUCAAUCCUCAGUGUCGGAUCUAUCCAGAGGAGAUGAUUCAGACCGGCAUUUCGGCCAUAGAUGGCAUGAACAGUAUUGCUAGGGGGCAGAAAAUUCCUAUCUUCUCUGCUGCUGGCUUACCGCACAAUGAGAUUGCAGCUCAAAUCUGUCGCCAGGCUGGUUUGGUAAAAAAAUCCAAAGAUGUAGUGGACUACAGUGAGGAAAAUUUUGCGAUUGUAUUUGCUGCUAUGGGUGUAAACAUGGAAACUGCCCGGUUCUUCAAAUCUGACUUUGAAGAAAAUGGCUCAAUGGACAACGUCUGCCUCUUUUUGAACUUGGCCAACGACCCAACUAUUGAGCGAAUUAUCACUCCUCGCUUGGCUCUAACCACGGCCGAGUUCCUGGCCUAUCAGUGUGAGAAACAUGUAUUGGUUAUCCUAACAGACAUGAGUUCUUAUGCUGAAGCACUUCGAGAGGUUUCAGCAGCCAGGGAAGAGGUUCCUGGUCGACGAGGUUUCCCAGGUUACAUGUAUACAGAUUUAGCCACAAUAUAUGAACGUGCUGGUAGAGUGGAAGGUAGAAGUGGCUCUAUUACUCAAAUUCCUAUUCUCACCAUGCCUAAUGAUGAUAUCACUCACCCCAUCCCUGACUUGACUGGAUAUAUUACAGAGGGGCAGAUCUAUGUGGACAGACAGCUACACAACAGACAGAUUUACCCACCUAUUAAUGUGCUGCCCUCGUUGUCGCGGUUAAUGAAGUCUGCUAUUGGAGAAGGUAUGACCAGAAAGGAUCAUGCCGAUGUAUCUAACCAGCUGUAUGCAUGCUAUGCUAUUGGUAAGGAUGUGCAGGCCAUGAAAGCCGUAGUUGGAGAAGAAGCCCUUACGUCAGAUGAUCUGCUUUACUUGGAAUUUCUGCAGAAGUUUGAGAGGAACUUCAUUGCUCAGGGUCCAUACGAAAACCGCACUGUCUAUGAGACUUUGGACAUUGGCUGGCAACUGCUCCGAAUCUUCCCCAAAGAAAUGCUGAAGAGAAUCCCUCAGAGCACUUUGAGCGAAUUCUACCCUCGAGACUCUGCGAAGCAUUAGCUGCUACUUCAUCGCUGGCUCGAUGCUCUUGUGAAAUACUGGUUCUGUUUUCUUUAUUCCUUUUGCACUCCCCCAUCCCCACCUUUGUGUUGGAGUUUACUGUGUUACCCUGUAAUUAAAAACAAGGAAUAGGUAA